CUAACGAGUAGCCUACGCUUCGCUCGAACCGGGCGUUCAGAAUCCGGUGGAAAUACGCCAUCAAUCCCCGCUUCACGACUUCGUCUGUUCGUCCCCUUUCUUGCUUGUGAGCGAUAAAUUGACCUAGACAGGUCUCCGCUCAAUCUAAUCUCCGGUUCUUCCAUCGAUUGAGAUCAGCUUCCUUUCUCCCUUGACCUGCUAAAUUUGUCUUGAUCCUCUUCCGCGGUUACAUACCGUUUCCGAUCGCGCUCGGAUGGAGCCCCGCGUGGCAAACAAAUUCCGCCUUGGUCGAAAGAUAGGGAGCGGAUCCUUUGGCGAGAUUUAUCUAGGAACAAAUAUCCAAACGAACGAAGAGGUUGCCAUUAAACUUGAAAAUGUUAAGACGAAGCAUCCACAGUUGAUAUAUGAAUCAAAGCUAUACAAGAUCCUACAGGGAGGAACUGGAAUUCCAAAUGUUCGAUGGUAUGGCAUUGAGGGUGACUACAAUGUUCUGGUGAUGGAUUUAUUAGGACCUAGUCUUGAAGACUUGUUCAACUUUUGCAACAGAAAAUUCUCAUUAAAGACAGUGUUAAUGCUUGCAGACCAGAUGAUAAAUAGAGUGGAGUUUGUUCAUUCAAAAUAUUUUCUACAUCGAGAUAUCAAGCCAGAUAACUUUCUUAUGGGUCUUGGGAGACGUGCUAAUCAAGUUUAUAUUAUUGAUUUUGGACUUGCCAAGAAGUAUAGAGAUAGUUCUACUCAUCAGCAUAUUCCUUACAGAGAGAAUAAGAAUCUGACUGGGACAGCAAGGUAUGCAAGUGUUAACACACAUCUUGGCAUAGAGCAAAGCAGGAGGGAUGAUUUGGAAUCUCUUGGAUAUGUUCUCAUGUACUUCCUAAGGGGAAGCCUCCCAUGGCAAGGUCUAAAAGCUGGAACCAAGAAACAAAAGUAUGAAAAGAUUAGUGAAAGAAAAGUUGCAACAUCCAUUGAGGCUUUAUGUCGGGGUUAUCCUUCAGAGUUUGCAUCAUAUUUCCACUAUUGCCGUUCGCUACGUUUUGAUGAUAAGCCAGAUUAUGCAUACUUGAAGCGAUUAUUCAGGGACCUCUUUAUCCGAGAAGGAUUCCAGUUUGAUUAUGUUUUUGAUUGGACAAUUUUGAAGUACCAGCAGUCACAGAGUGCUAAUGCUCCUCCACGUGCUAUUGGAUCAGGUGUGGGACCUAGUUCUGGCUUGGCUCAUGCUGCUACAAAUGAUAGACAGCCUGGUGGUGAUGAUGGAAGGACAAGUGGUUGGGCAACAGUGGACCCCACUUAUCGCCCAAGAGUUCCACCUCCAGCUGUACAUCUUGGGAGCUUGACCAAACAGAAGGCUCCCGCUGGUCAUGAUUCACCUGCAAACAAAGAAGCUGUUUUUUCCAGUUCAGCUUUUUUGGGACAAUCAAGCGGAUCUUCAAGGCGAGUUGCUGUUUCUAGCAGCCGAGAAAUAGGCUCUGAGGGUGAUCAGACACGCACUCGCACUACAGAAGUCAGUCCUGGGACCUUCCGUAAAAUUUCAAGCUCCCAAAGAAACUCCCUGCUAAGUUCUGCAGAACCCAGACACUUCUCCCAGGUAAGGAAUCAACCAAAUUUGAAGAACUACGAGUCAACUCUCAGAGGAAUCGAGGGCCUUAGCUUUGACGAUGAGGAAAGGAUUCAGUAUUAGCCUUGCCAAGAAAGCAAUACUUUGUGUUGCUUUUUCUUAUCUUUGUAAAUUUUUUAGAGCGCGACAAGGAACACAUGCCCUCCCCGUGAGGUGGUAUAUAACACUGGAUUUGAGAAAUUUUCUUUCUGACAGUAGAUUGAUGGUGGGUUUGAGGAGCUGUGUCAUUGUAAAUUUAUUUAGAACUUGCCGUUGCUCCUCGCCUUUGUCACUGUCGUUAGCACUAUGUAUCGUAUUGUUUCUUUGUUUUGCAUCUGCUGUAAACGGUUGGCUUCCAGUAUUAUCGGAUAAGAAACUAUUCAUGGCGGCUUCCGUAA